UAACAGGAUAGGAAAUAUUGCUAGAGUUCCUCUAUGACCGUCCAGUUAUAUAUCACAGUAGUGAGAAAAGUCCAACUGAGGUGGUUGAUGGAAAAGAGAGUAAGCAAGAAGACCUCUUGAGCCUGCAUCGCUAUUCACAGAGAUCGUGGCUGAUAUUCAACCUGAUUUCCACCAAUAAUUUCAUCUCUUGAUUUCCUUAUUGGUGUGUAAAGUCCAUCUAACCUCUGUUCUGAAUAAACCUAAGCACAUGAAAUAUUGCUUUACAAUUGGAAUCGGUGGGAAAACUGCUCUAAUUAAAGCCGGAACAGCGGAAGCAAUUCUACAUCGUUGUAGGUACAGACAUGUCAUGAGUCACCUCGGCGACUGGCGAGACUUGAAGCCGGACCGCCUGACCCACAAGCAGGGACGCUACCAACUCUGCUUUACACGAUCCCUUUAGAAGCACCAUCCGCGCGAUCCGGGCUGAUUGUCAAAUGAUUUCAGAGAUAAUAGUAACUGCAGAUGCUGGGGAAUCCGAGAUAACAAAGUGUAGAGCUGGAUGCACACAGCAGGCCAAGCAGCAUCAGUGGACCAGGACGGCUGACAUUUCGGGCCUAGACCCUGCUUCAGAAAUAAUUGACAGGUUCGAUUUGCGUUAGCCCCGCCUCUCGAGCCUACAGCGCAUGCCCGUUGUUUGCCGUCUUUGUCCUUUCACUAUUAACUCCGGGUAGUUGGCAAAGUGCUGAAGAUUCAACGAAUCAACACUAAAACAAGGAAUCUGUUAAUGGGGCUGGGAAGCUGGUCCGCUCUAUGAGUGCAGGUUUUAUUUAAACUUGGCGAGUGACGGAUACAAGUGCCCAUCAGCCCAUUUUGGCAACCUCUUCAAAAUGCCAGCUGCAGAAGAAGAUCAUAGUCAGAUAAUCCGUGAGGUAUGGGCAAAUAACCUGGAAGAAGAGAUGAGAAAAAUUCGCUUAAUUAUUCAAAAAUAUAACUAUAUAGCUAUGGAUACAGAGUUUCCCGGUGUUGUGGUAAGACCAAUUGGAGAAUUCCGAAGCACUGUAGAUUACCAGUACCAGCUUCUCCGGUGUAAUGUGGACUUGCUGAAAAUCAUUCAACUGGGAUUGACAUUCAUGAAUGAGAAAAACCAAUACCCUCCUGGAACCUCCACUUGGCAAUUCAACUUUAAAUUCAACCUAACCGGUUAUGACUUUGGCUACUUGAUCAAACUUCUAACCCACUCACGACUACCGGAAGAAGAGCAAGAAUUCUUUGAUAUUCUGCAUUUGUUCUUCCCUGCUAUCUAUGACGUGAAAUAUCUGAUGAAAAGCUGUAAAAAUCUUAAGGGUGGUCUACAAGAAGUUGCUGAACAGCUUGAGUUGGAGCGAAUUGGACGACAGCACCAGGCAGGCUCAGAUUCAUUAUUGACAGGCAUGGCUUUCUUCAGAAUGAGGGAGUUAUUUUUUGAAGACAACAUUGAUGACACAAAGUACUGUGGACAUUUGUAUGGUCUUGGAUCAGGUUUAACUAAUAACCAUAAUGGGACAGCUGGGACAUCAGAAGAAGAAACCAACAACAAACAACACUGACCACAACUGAGACGUUUUACUAAAUCUUUUACCAAAUUUUACUACAAAAUGAGUGUUAUUCUCCUGAUGCAAAGUUUGGAGAUAUUUGGCAGUGUACUGCGUGGAGGUAUUAAACAUGGCUGCAUUCUUCUUUUUAAAAAAAAAUUCUUCCAUUUAACAUUGGUAAAUGCUGUGCUGUUGCUUAUUGUUUUCCAAACCGGUAAGUGACAUGGAAGGGAAGCCAGGUGAGGGUCAAUCUGCAUUGGUCCAGUAGGACCUUUUGGAUUGUACCCUGAUCCAUGUUUAUUUCUCUUUAAAUGUAUUAUUCACUCUACUUUUCUCCCCUUUUUUGUUUUCCUUUUGUUCCCUGUUUGUUUUUCUUGAUCAGGUCAUUUGCAGUGAAAAUUACAUCACAUUAUUUCCACACAUCAAGCAAAACAAUAAGCCAUAGCACCGUGGAUUUGUACAUUGUGAUAACCUUGAGGUUUUUUUAAUGUGAUUACAUAUCCAUACCUGAAAAACAUUCUUCCCGAAGGAUGGCUGUGGCUGUAAAAUUAUUUCAGGAAUAGACCUUUUAAGUUCAUGUUUAAUGUGCAGUACAAUGUUCAAAAAGUAUUUUAAUGCCUUGUAGGAUGGAAUUUUCACUAUUAGAACGGCAGGGAAAAAUGUUCCAGUUCCACUAAUGCCCAAUAAAUUAUAAAUUAUUAUUAUCCUAAUUCAAUUGACUUAAACAGCCAAAUGCAGGAAUUUCAACUGGGUUAUUGAACUUAUUUUAUGGCAGUACAGUUCUGUUAUUAAUUUUCAACAUAAAUAAGUUCAUUUAAAACAUUGUUCUUGUUUAUGCUUUUAUCAAAUACUUGUUAUUAAUGUUGUAAUUAAUCCUGUUUAAAGGAAGGAAUAGAAUUAAGAUUUUUUUACUUCAAUUUUUUUAAACAAAAUUGUUAAUUAUAUCCCUUGAUAUUCUUUACAUCAUCUGAGUACCCAGUAGAAAUAUCCAAUUUGUUAAAAGUAAAUGUAAUUUUGCAAUAGUUCUUUACAUUCACUAUGUACGUACCACAGAUCUGAAAUGUGAUACCUACUAGCAGGUUAUGUACCAUCUUCCAUUGUGAACCGAAUUGGAUGUCUGAGCCAUGUGCUUUUGUUGUGAUAUGAUUAACGACUGUAUUACCGAUACCACAGGGAUCAUAGGUUGAUCCAAGUCUCAUUGGUUAAAUAUCACAGUUUUGCUUCAAGUUAAGUCACAUGCAAAAGCCACUUGAUUACGCACUUGAACAAAACCUUAAUGUUAGUUUCUCUUCUACAGUCAAGGAUAACUCAAAUCUCUUCAUGUUGCUAGAGAGGGGUCUCUGUUGAUGGAAGUAGUUUUACAUGUAAAAUGUUUAAUUUACUUCAUACUUCGUUCUUAAUUGACUCCAAUGUACAAAACUGGAUCUUAAUUUAAAACAGUGGUGCAAGACCUAGCUCUUGACGUUCCACAGGAGAUAAGGGCCUUUUCUUUAAAAGCACUUCCUUCUACAGAAAUCUCCUGUUAAAAAUUAACUCAUUGUAUUUAAUAUUUUGGUUGUAUUGCAAGCUGUCUGAAUCUUAAAAACUGAA